CGGGCCUUCCCCUCCGCCCCCGGCCCCCCGCCGCUUCAGACCCGGCCGCCGGUUCUUGCCGGCCCUCGCCGUGCUCUCAGUCCUCAGAAAGCCGCUGGCAGCCGCCCGCCGCCCUCGCCUCAGGCCCUGGGCGCCCCCCGGCGCGACCGCCCCUCGGAGGGUUUGGUUCUGCGUUUCGGUGGGAUCUCCUUCCCGCCGCGCCCAGUCAUCGUGCGAUAAGUGACAGGGCGGCCGGGAGCGCGUAGGCCCGGUGCGGACCGGGGGUGCUCUCGGCUGUGACUGGGCAGGCUCGGCUGGGGAGAGGUACCGGGCGGGAGCUGGGCGCUCUCCCCCGUCCCGGCCUGGCUCUGUCACCGCCGCCCCCGGCGGCUCUCCUCUUUCCCCAGUGCCGCCGGCGCCUUGAAGCUGUGUCGCUUUCCAUUACUGCCGGAGACCUGUUCGAGGCCCUCAGCCUCGAAGCUCGAGGGUUUCUGUAGCUGCAGUGGCUGGUGUGGUGAGCUACACGCCCGCCGUAGCUGUUGGAGACAGUCAUAAUACUAUCUGGAGGCCCCGAAAGAAAGCUCUAGUCGGCCAUGGCCAUUGGAGACGGUCUUAAUAGUGUCCAGAGGCCUCGAACAAGGAUCCACUCUUCAUAGCAGGGUGAACUCGGUGGUCUACAGCGCUGCAUUAGGCUUCACCGUUAUAGUCCAUGGUGAAGUGCCCCGCUGCAGCAAGAAGCUUAAAUGCCCCCUUGGUUUUGUUUAAGAUAUGGUUACUGGGCUAGAAGCUGAUAGCUCGCAUAGCGGCAUGCGUAAAUUUUCUUUGUUUACAUUGGAGCAAAGAAUUUAAGUAAUGGGAUAUCUUAGCAGUCAGGUUUUUCCUUUUCAUAAGACUGUUGAGUUCUAGGCAUAUGACUGACAGUUAAUAUAUUAUUGUCAAAUGUUAACAUAAUGUAAGUCUUGUAUCUAGUGUCAUUUGAAACACUGCAGGUAGGAGUGGAGUGUCAGAUCUGGAUGUUUUGCAGUAACUUGUAGAAAAGCAAACCUUUAGUUUUUAGAGAGAAUAAAUGGGAGGAGUGGAGGGUAGUGAAAAGAAAUGGAAUUGCCAACAUCUCCCAAAGUUCUUAACUGAUGGAAACUUGUACAACGUCAGAAUUGGGACUCUUUUUCCGUUACCACCCAGAGAAGCUUCCCUCAGGUCACUUGUUACUUUAUGAAAGAAAUAUUGCUUGUUUUCUUUAUUUAGUUUUCAACAGCCAGUCACAAAGCUAAACACAUCACUAAGCAAAACCUCCAAUCCAAAGCUUGUCAUAGCUGUAAUUUCUGCCAAAAUGUCAUGGGAAUCUACAGAGAAGAAUAAUAUCCUCACUUAGUGUAUUGGAGACCUGGAAAAGAGAACAGAGUGAGGUUUGGGGAGGAAAUGAUAUUCAUAGGAAAAUAAAACAUUAUUCAUUUAAAAAAAAAAUCUUUCAUUUUUGCUGCCAGUAAGCUCUGGGAAAAUAACAGUUAUUUGAGCAACAGUAUUAUAUUUAUGUCCUAAAGCUGCAGAAAAUUAGAAGGUUGAAUUCUAAUUGUACAGUCCAACCAGGCGCAUGAUCCCAAGUUGAUUGUGAGAGUAACAACCUAGUGCUUCCACUUAACUUUAGAAGUGCAAUAACUGGUGCCAGUGCUCUCACAGGCAGAGCUUUCUGCCAUCUCUGAAUUGAAGUGUUGGCUGGUAUGUAUGUGUUUGGGGAGUUGGGAACAGAUGUACUCUAAAGCUUGGAAUGGCUUUCAUUUUCAUCUCAACACUUCUGACUCUGAAACCGCAAAGGAGGUACCUUGUUCUUUUUUGUGCGAAUGUACGCGCAAAAAUGUAAUGUUGAGGAACUGCAGUUUGUCAUAUAAUCUAUCACCCAGAAGUGGCAGAUUUUCUGUGUUUAGCUUGAUGCUAUCUUCUGAUGUCUAUUGUUUAUCUGCUCUAAUUGAAUGAAUCAUUGACUCAUUAACCUGUAAUAACUUAUAUUGAACUGGUUAUCUCAGCUAAUGCAGCUGGUUUUGAGCUUUUUUUAAUCUGGAAAAAAUGUAGCAACAUACAGACAGAAACACAUGAGCAAAUCAAGAAUUUGCAGCUGCUUUGCAUGUGCUUUUUAAAAAUCAGGAGAAAAAGAUUUUUACACUGUUCAGCUGAAAGUAGUGAGAAUUUUAAAUAUUGAUGUGGAAAAACUGGCAGACAAGACAAGAGCAGACAUGAAUGAAUAAGCAGUGCAUCCUGUUGCAUAGGAUGACAGCAUGUAGAACGUUGGCCUGCCAAUAAUAAUCAAAGAUGAUGCCCUUAGGAAGGGGAGGUGAGAAAAAAAUAGGGUGAGGAGAAAUGAUUGGUUUUUAUUGCCAGUACAGUGCCACAAAUAGGAAGGUCAGGUCCUAUCCUGGGGGUGAAAUUAAAGUGUGUUAGAGAACUUAAAUGUCUGUUUUUUCCCAUUGAAUUUGUUUCUGCUUUUGUUGACCUAUGCAAGGCUUUUGCAUCAAGUUCAACAGAACUAGAAUGGCAUUCCUCCUUUUUGCUUCUGUGCAAACUAGUACGGUUCUUCCUUAAUUUUAAUUUUUUUUGUGUAUGUUUGUUUAGAAUAGAACAUUUCCAAUUCCUUUUCUGAGAUGGAGAAAUCUCAGCUCUGUGUGCACAUGUGCACACAUAUUUUGCUAAAGCUGUAGAGAGGAAAACAGACCAAGGUAAAGGUUGAUUUUUAAAAUCAUUGUGGGACAAAUGAGCUGCUGCUAUUCUUGCUGUGCUCAUAUUUCACCAGUUGUUGAAAGUACAGUGAGAAGUUAUGAAAGAGAAAAGCAGAGUUAAUAUGUUUACUGGCAGAAUAAAAAUUUUCCAUAAAGGUUUCAGACAGCUUUGUUUACUUUGUUUACUGUAAUGUAGUUUCUUAAAACAAGUGGCCCGAUAUAAAAAAAAAAAACAUCACCUGGGGGAAGCUUCCAAAGAAUUGCCUCUUUGGAAGUGUCUUGUGUAGUUUAUUUGCCAGGAUAAGUUGGAUAGCCGACAUUAUUGUGGUGGUCUCUCCUGAAAAUAUUGAAAUAAUGAAGUCUAUCGUUGAAAGAUAUGGCCACAAAAGAGUUACGAUAGUAAAAGGUGGAAUAACUCGUCAUCGGUCAAUUUUCAAUGGAUUGAAAGUAUUUGCAGAGAAUAAAUUUUCCAACCAUCUGCUCCAGAAACCAGAAGUAGUGAUUAUCCAUGAUGCUGUGAGGCCAUUUGUUGAAGAAGAUAUUCUUUCAAAAGUGGUUAUGGCUGCUAAAGAACAUGGGGCAGCAGGAGCAAUUCGUCCUCUAGUUUCUACUGUUAUUGCCUCUGCUGCAGAUGGCUGUUUAGACCACUCAUUGGAACGUGCUAGGUACAGAGCAAGUGAAAUGCCUCAGGCUUUCUUGUUUGAUAUAAUCUAUGAAGCAUACCGACAGUGUACAGACUAUGACCUGGAUUAUGGAACUGAAUGUUUACAUCUGGCUCUGAAAUACUGUAAAACAAAUGCCAAACUUGUUGAAGGAACAGCUGACCUCUGGAAGGUGACCUACAAGCGGGAUCUGUAUGCAGCUGAAUCGAUUAUUAAGGACAACCUAUCACAACAAGUUUGUGUUAUUACCGAUGUGAAGGAAGCUGUUGCACAAGUAGGUUUUCUCCUUCAUGAAUGUCUGAAAAGCCAAAUAAAAGUUGAAGCUAUAUCAAUAUCUCUAAGCAAAAAUGAUAGCUAUCUACAAAACAUCUUUUCAGGACAGUGCUACAAUUUUGUUUGCGUAAAAGGUAACAAGUAUGCCAUUCAAGAAACCCAGCAACUAGUAGAUAUGUUGGAAAAAUCAAAUAUUCCUCUGUUAUAUCCAGUUGUCCUUAUUUUGGUGCACUUGGAUAUUUCAGAAAAUAUUUCUUUCAGCAUUGGGAUGGAAGAACUAACUAGGAUCAAGAAAUUUGCAAGGGAAGUGAAAAAAAAAAAUAUUUUUGUUUAUGGUCUCCUUAUCCAAUAUAAGCAUCUUAGAAAAAUAGUGGUGAAAAAAAUAUGGAAUCAAACUGCUCCAUCCUCCUGCCCGAGGCAGGAAGCUGUACCUGCCUCCCAUUUUACAGGACCAUUUGCUGCUUCAGGAGACAGUAAAUUCUGCUGCUGCUCUUAUCAUGGCACUAAUAAAGGACAGAAACCCGGAGCUGAUUGGCCAGCUGUUGGUAGCAUGAGACCAUAAAUCAAGUGUAGCUUUUGGAAAUGUUUCUUUUUCAUCAUCCAUUCACCAAAGGUCUUGAAUCAUUUUACCCUUUGAUGAAAACUCUGGAUUUAUGACAUUUACUAUUAAGAUCUUUUAACAACAUAUUUUUGAUACUUAAAAUACAAGUCUGAUGUUAUGUAUAAAGUAUAAAAUGAAAUACAGAUCAUUCUGAGAUACACUGGGUACAUACUGUGAGGAAUGAUAUUGAAAUGUUUUUGUGAGGUACUGGUCAUGUAAAAAGGUGCACAGAGGACACCAAAGCAUUCGUGCAGAAUUGUCUUUAACCCAUGUAUGUGUGUUGUACUCUCAGACUGCAUGAAUUAAAUUUUAUUUAAGAUAAAAUAA